AGCAAUUUUACAAAUAUGAUCGUCUACCAGGAUCUCAUCACAGGUGAUGAACUACUCUCGGAUUCAUUUCCGUACAAGGAGAUCCAUAAUGGAAUCUUGUGGGAAGUUGAAGGAAAGUGGGUAGUUCAAGGUGCAGUUGAUGUAAAUAUUGGUGCCAACCCUUCUGCAGAAGGUGGCGAAGAUGAUGAGGGUGUGGAUGACCAGGCUGUCAAGGUUGUCGAUAUUGUUGACACAUUCCGUCUCCAGGAACAACCUUCUUUUGACAAGAAGCAGUUUGUUACUUACAUGAAGAGGUACAUCAAGUUGCUAACACCAAAGCUGGAAGGGGAGAAGCAAGAGGAGUUCAAGAAGAACAUCGAGGGUGCGACUAAGUUCCUGCUUUCGAAACUGAGGGACCUCCAAUUUUUUGUAGGAGAGAGUAUGAAUGACGAUGCCAGUGUGGUCUUUGCAUACUACAAGGAAGGUGCUGCUGACCCAACGUUUUUGUACUUUGCCCACGGGUUGAAGGAGGUUAAGUGUUAAGCAAGAGGAUAAGGGAGAAUGUUUAGUUUGAUUUUGUUUUUA